AUGUCUACGGUCUACAGGUCACCCUACGAGGACGAAGAUGAAUAUGAGUUCAUGUACCGUUACUUUCUCGACUCUAUUCGUAGGUCCGAAGGCACGUCUUUACCGGGAGAAGAAAAAGGUCUUCCCAAAACCUCCCCUGGAGCUGCUGAACCCACUCACUGCACUGGACCAUGCAGAGACAUUCCUCCAAGCAGAGGGAGUCCCUGCACCGUCACGACAGCAGUGUCUGGGACGGCUGGUGUUGCUGUUCGGCCAGUACGGACACGCACCUUUCCACUGGCUUGUGGAGAACGACGUAGGCUAUAUGAAGUACUGAAGACAAGGACCUCCAGUUUCAGGCCCUCCUCAUGGCCAGAGGAUGAUGAUGAUGAUGAACUGGCAGCUGCAUCCCAGGCUGUGGAAGAUAGAAUAAAGUCCCAGAAGUCACAUUCCCGGGAUCCCCUGCCCUUGAAUUCGCCUUCAAAGACAUCCAAACAUGCAUUACACCCCCCGGAUGAGAAGCGUCACUCAGCCUCACAGAACACGUCUGCUGCCUGGCUGGAUGAGCCAGAGUCUACUGUUCAGCCCACAGAGGCUCCAUCCACAUCCCAGGGUGGUGUUCCUCCUUUGCAGACACCUCUAAGUGACUUACCUGUGGAGUUAGACGGUUGGGUGCGCCUGUGGGAGAAACCUGAUGGCAUCCCAUCUGCUGACAUUCACUGGCUUAAGGAGGACACCACAAGAGGAAUGUUCACCGCUGUUCAUGUGUACAAAGACAACACUGGUGUGCUCAAGAGGAGACGGGUGAUGGCAUCUGACCGCAUGUGGUUCUACCCUCCAGAACCUCCGGCCUAUGUCGGAGGGGUUCUGCCAGGCCCACAGCUUUUUUUCCGAAGCCGUCUGUUUGUGUGGCGUCCAGUUGGGGUUUGGAGGUGCUCCCUGAAGUGUCCACGAGGUGACAAGUGUGUGGGGGCAGGAAAGGACGUGCACCUCUACAAGUCUGGCUAUCACCACCGGGUCUGACUUACCUUGUCUCAAA